UGAGUUACAGAAGCAAAUCAAAAUGAACGAAUUGCAACCAUUUCAAUCAAUUAGUCGUUUGAGCCUUAUGUUAAUGCGGCAGCUCGAAUAUCAGCAAUGCCAGAUUUAAGUUUUCCACACGAAAUAUACGAAUUAUUCGAUAGAAAAGUAAUCGAACAACUGUGUGUGUUUUUGUUUUAUUUGUUGUUGUGUUUUUUUGUACGCUUUCCAUUGCUGUUGUUGUUCUGCCUCAGCUGACGGCACCGCCGACUGCGCUGUUUGUCUGGCUGACGUGCUCGCGCUCGUCGCCGCAUUCAUUUUUUUGCCGUUCAGCGCAGCGGACGUAGAAACGUAAAUGUAUUUACAAAAAAAGGAGAAGAAAACCCCCUUAAACAAUAAACUGCAAUAAGUAAACAUCAGCAAAAGCAAAGAAAAACAAAAGUAAAGACUCCAAAACAAGGCAAGCCAAGCAAACGAAACGUCGCCGUUGAUGAACCAAAAAUAAUUCAGUAGCAUGUCCACAGAUAAUCCCACACAGUUGCUGACCACCCGUGAUUUGAGCCAACUGCGUGGACAUCUGCAAUCCGGCGGCACGGUAGCGGUGGCCUCAACGUCCACUUCCGUGGUGGCAGCAGGAACAGUGGCUGCCGCCCAUGGAUACCGCACCAUUGCACAACUCCAACAACCCGCCAACAGCAGCAGCAGCAGCAGCAGCAGUGGCAGUAGCAGCAGCACCACCACCACAACAACAUCUGCAACUGCACCAUCAGCAUCAUCAGCUUCAUCAACAGCAGCAGCAGCAGCAGCUCAACCACCUGUAAUACCAUCAGUUAUAUCCACAAGCAAUAGCAACAUGCCGGCAAGUGCCUCAAAAUAUGUAUUUGUGCAACACAAUCACAAUGUUGGUUUUACGGCAUACGAUGGCUCUGCAACCACAACAGCGACGGGCAGCACCGGAACUGUUGGUGCCACCGGUGGCAAUAUAGUACUCCUGGCUGCCGCCCCACUGGAAGCGAACUCAGGCGAAACUUUGGUCAAUGUGCGAACAACUGAAGAUGAUGGGGAGUUGCGUUCCCUGUCCUGGCUCAGCGACACCAAUCUAAUUAAGGGCAUUGUGACCACAACAGCCGGUAAACACUGUGCAACGGUGGCCAUCAAGGCGACGGCUGGGGCAACAGGAACGGUUGGAUCCGGUGCCGCCAAUGGUAAUCUGUGUAUAGUCAGCGAUUUGAUAGAAGAGCUGCCCACUAAUCUGAGUGAAACCAGUGAACAGGAGGCGGCCGGAGGUGCAUCAAGUGGGUCAGCAGCAGCAUCGACCGUAUACAGCACCACAACGGUGCAUAAAGGAGCCAGUGGCACCACAACCGUGGUGGAGUACAAGGCCAGCAAAGCCAAUCAACAGCAGCAACAGCCGCAGCAGCAACAACAGACGACGACCUAUUUGCCAACGCCGACAAGAACCACCAUGGUGGGUCAUGGCUAUAUUCCGGUGGUGGUGAGCAGUGCCGCCAGUCAAACCAUACUAUCGCCCGCCAAACAGCAGUUACAGCCACAGAUUUAUGUGACCAGCAAUGGUAGUACAACAGCCGGCGGAGGAACCAUCUACAAGGCAGCCAGCCAUUCACUUAGCUCGCCAACCACCAGCAGCAGCAGCAGUAGCAACACCACCACCCACCAUCCGCACAAGAAGUAUCUGCGCGAAAAGAUGAAUGUUCAGAUGGAUCAUAGCAGUCAUGUUGCCUCAACUGUUACCGUGGUCAGUUCGCCGGCAUCCUCGAACAAUUCCUCGAUUAGCAGCUCCAAUACAGGCUCUGUUUCCGGUUCGGGAUCCUCGACAGCGGCUGUGAAUGGCGGCAAUAGCCCAGUACCCAAGGCCAGUAGCUUUAGCACCGUAUUCGAGGCGGUCAACUAUGCCACAUCGGUUGCCAGCAGCAGCAGCAGCACCAACGGCAACAACAGCAACAACAGCAACAGCACACCCCACAGUCAAGCCAUGCUGCAUGGCCAGGAGCCAACGGGUGUGGUAACCACAACGACUUUGAUCAGUGCCGGAUCCCUGCCGCCGGGCUACAGCUUCGUCAAUCACGUGGCCAGCACGCCGCAUGUGAUUUCCACACCAGCGCAUGUUGCCCACAUUGCCUCUCCGGAAACGCCACCGGGAGCGGCUUUGUUGCCAGGAACUUAUUAUGACACAAGCACUACAUCAGCGGGCACAGCGACAACAACUUUGCAGCCGCGUAGUCUGCAAUUAUCCAUCUCGCCACCGCCAAAUCUGACACCAACGAGUCAAGUGCACAAUGGAACACUAGGCGGUGGAUCCGGAGGUGGAGCCAACGUGCGCAGUCCAAAUAGUUAUGCCAGCUACGACAACGAGGAUUCGCUAAAGGAAUUCGAUCUGGUGGUCAGCUCGCGCAUCCACACAAGCACGCCGCAAUAUUCGGUGUCCAAAAAUGGAGCCAACGGUUAUGGUAGCGGCAACAGUCAUGUGAAUGGCAGCGGAGCUGGUACCAAUACGCCGCAAAAGCAAAAGCAUCCCAAUAAUGUGCCAUACGAUCCGCUAGUGCAUACCAAUAACAAGCCGCCAUAUAGCUUUAGUUCCUUGAUCUUCAUGGCCAUUGAGGGUUCGAAUGAGAAGGCACUGCCCGUUAAAGAGAUCUAUGCGUGGAUUGUGCAGCACUUUCCGUACUUCAAGACGGCGCCCAAUGGCUGGAAAAAUAGCGUACGCCACAAUCUUUCGCUGAACAAGAGCUUCGUCAAGGUGGAGAAGGCGCCGAACAUGGGCAAGGGUUCCUUGUGGCGUGUGGAGCCACAGCAGCGCCAGAAUCUCAUCCAGGCGCUAAAUCGUUCGCCCUUCUUUCCCAACUCGGCGGUGGAUAAGAUCAGUCCAUCGCUCAAGAGUCCCAGUGGCGCAUCCGCAUACGAUAGCCUCGAUGGCGGCAAUGGUGCGGUUUCCUUGGUACAGCCAGUGGCUGUGGGUGCUGGUGCUUCAGCUGCCGCAGCCGUCGCUCUGACCACGCCCACCAAAAGCAACGGUCUGGUGCUGGCCAAUGGUGCUAGUCAAGCGACAAACGCGGCCAGGCCGCAUAGUCCCAAUGGUGGCGGUGGCAGUGGCAGUGGCAGUGGCAGUCAUGCCCGCUUCGAUCCCAAGCUGUUCCCCAAUCUGUCCAAAGCUUUUCGGAAUAUACGCGAGGAUACAGUCGGCCAGCCAAUGCUACAAGAUGCCCUCGAUGACGAAUUGUCCGGCGACUAUCACAAUAAUAAUAACAAUAAUAAUAAUAACAACAAUAACAAUAACAGUGGCAGCAAGUACAAUUUCGUGGGUCUGAAUGGAUCUGGUGGAGCUGGCAGCGGUACUGGUACUGGCACUGGUACAAAUGGAGCUUCCGAUGGCAUCAAUUUUGCGCGACUGGCCCGCGAUUGCGGAGCGGACAGCAUGGACGAUGUGCAUGCGGCGGCGGCGAUGCUCUACCUCAAACACGGACCAAAGGCCUUUAGUGAGCCCUUCCAGAAUGGGAGUGCCCCGGUGAUAACGAGUUCGCCGAGCGAGGAUCACACAUAUUCGGCGGGUGGCAACAGCAAUGCGGACAGUGGCUCCUCCACGCCACUGACCAAUGGCAAUGCCCUGGCCAGCGUGUCGCAAGCCGUCGCUCAGGGUCAGCAUAAUCAAGGAGGAGCUGGAUCCGAUAGCAAUUGCGCUAGCUCGGAUGCUGCCUACGAUAGCAGCGAGGAGAAUCACAACAUCACACCCGAAGAGAUGGCCGAUCGGCAGCGACAUCGCGAUGGCGUAGAUGCCCUGCUUUCGCUAUCCGGCUCCUCGAUAGUCGAGUGCGGUUCGGUGGCCACCACGCAUUAUCACAGCAACGGCAGCAGCGGCAGCAGCCAUGGAUCCCCGCACAAGCGAGCCUCGAGUCACAGUUUGGAGGAGGAGCACCAGCAGCAGCACAGGGAACAGCAGCUGCAGCAGCAGCAGCAGCAGCAGCAUCUUCAGCAGCAACAUCACCACCAGCAAUUUGGCAGCAAUCAAGCGGUCUACACCAAUGGCAGUGGCAGCAAGAUGGCUCUAUUGAGCAGUGCUGCCGCCAAUGUGGCACUUGCCCAACAGCAGCAGCAGAUUCAUCAGGACUUGUACUCCACGACGGCUGGACACAAUGCCAGUAUGUAUGUGGGCGGACUGAAUAAUCACUGUCUGGCCGGUGGGGGCGGUGUUGGCACGGUGGGCGUGGCCGGGGGCAUGUUGCCACAGCAUUUGAGUGCUACAACGGUGGCAAGUAAAAAUAAGAUGAAGCAAUUGCGAGGAUUACGCACCAAAUUUAAGCGAAAGUCCGCCUGGAUGCGGUGAAUAUGGCGACAGGCUGGCGGCAAAUGGACGUAGUAUAGCCAUCGAAAGAUCGCCACCGCCAAACCCCCUAACCACGGCGCCCCGCCCCCAUAUGCCCAUACGCCCUCCCGCCCCUGCGAUCUGUUGUUGUCUCUUUCUAAUGCAAAAAAUUGUUCAAAUCACAGAGCAUUUAGAUUAAAUUUCGUAAUUUUAGAUCACGCAUAUUUUCUCCUUUUUUUUUUGUUUUUUCAUUGCUCUACCUUUUACAAUUUCUUGUGUGUUUUCGUUAUUGUUAUACAAAUUUUUUUGACUAACUGAUUUUUUUCGAUAAUUAUUUUUUAACUUUAGCCCUAAUGUUCUAGGUUUUUUUUAAAUAAUUUUUUAUUCGGCGACUUUACUGUGCCCCGCAAUUGAUUGUUGGCCAUUUAAUUAUUACUUGAUUAAUUAUUAAUAUAUGAUUUAUAAGCCAUCCUAGCUGCAAUUUCUUACAACUCCUAGGUGUUAAGUGACUUCUUAUAUUUUAGCAUGUAAUUUUAAAUUGUGCAAAUAUUUUACAGAGCAAUUGCAAAACGAACUUACUUUUAAUGGCCAACCAUUUAAAAUCGAAACCAGAGUUAUAUAAUGGAAAGUAACUGGUUUAUUUUUUUUUUGGGGCGCCUCAAUUCGUUGUUAGCUUUUAAUACAUACAAAAGUGUAGUUUUUUUGUUUUAACUCGCGACACGAGGGACACAAACAAAAGUGAACUUUUCCAGCGUAUCAGUGACAAGGUUUAUAUCAAAACGAAAAAACAACACAUAAAACACCAACAAAUUGAGCUAAGUAGGCGAAGUAGCUAAGUUACAAGAAAAAACAAGAGGAAAUAACGAAAAAAAAGGAAAAAAAAAUUGUAAAAAGCGCAAGAAAAAAGGAACAAAAAUGUAGCAAGCAAACGCAACGUUUGUACAAAGAGCAACCAGAAUUAAGAUUCUUUUUUAUUUCGGUUUUUGUGCCGCAUGAAAAAUGUUUUUUCCUACACUUAUAAGAUCCAAAACACCCAACUUACAUGAUCUAAAAACAAGCGAUAUAAAAAUAUAUACAAUACAUAUACUAUAUAUACAUAUAUAUAUAUAUAGAUAUAUAUAGAAGGAGAGUUAUAUAGAGAAACUUAAGAUAAGCCAAGCAAGAAACCCACAAAGAAACACAUUUAGCGCCUUAUAUAUUGAGUCCUUAGCUAAAACGAAAGAGAGAUCUGUUGAAUUGUUUGAACUGCUUUGUUAUACGAAUGCAUGAGUACAUAUAUAGAUAUAUACUAUAUCUAUAUAAAUUUAAGGCCCCUCCCUAUUUUGACCCGCCCAGUAACCCCUACCCUCCCCUCCCCUGCCCCCUCACGACACUCAAGCAAAUGUUAAAUCAAAGAUAUUUAGUUGUUAAGCCAGGGUAUAAACCGAAAAUCCUAAUUGUAAGCUUCAUUUAGAUGUUUACGUAGUUGAAAUGCUAAACAUUUGUUAACAAAAAUCAAAUCGUAAGCUAGCCGAUUUUAGUUGAAUGAACCUCCUCAUGCAAUUUCCCAACCCAGAUGUGUGUACAUACAGAAAUGGAAUUAGCUGUUGAGAUGAUGCUGCACAUUUUUACAUAGGCAUACUGUGGAAACCAAGAAAUACUUAUUAAACAAUUAAAUAAGCAAAAGGAAGAACUUGACAAAGAACGCCCUAAGUGUAUACACUUCAUGUACCUUUUUAGCAAAAAGCAAAAACGCAAAAGCAAAGAUCGCAUUAAAAUUAUAUACAUACAUAUAUUUAAACUACCAAUUACGAAACUAAACUAAAUGUUGAUGUCAAAGAGAAACCAAUUUGCUAGUUGUUACAAAAACCAGAAAAGAAACAAAAAAAGAAAAAAAAAACAGAAAAAAUAGAAAUAACAAUGUUAAAACUAUUUUGUUUCCUCAAAAAACUUAUUACGAUAAUAAUUAUGGUUUUUGUUUUUUUUUAGUUUAAAUACGUUAGAAUAUUGCCUUGAUGCAUAUAUUGGGGAAAGGAAUGUGACUAAAUACCAGAAGCGAGAACAACAAAAUAAUUGUAUACCUAGCUUUAACUUAAGGUCCUAAAAGCAAGAUAAAAAAAAGGAAAAAACCAAAAUAACUCCCUUUUUCAUAAAAACCCUACGCACGACACACAGUGAAAGACAAUCGCCGCCCGUGUUGUUGUCGUUGUCGCUUAAGAUUAAAGUUUAAACAAAUUCUAUGUAGCUAUAGACACCUACGAGUAAUAUAUACAUAUAUAUAUAUAUAUAUAAGUAACACACACACACAGCAAUAGCAAAGUACAUAUACGACAAAUAUUGUUAUACAACCUUAAGCUCUAGCCGCGAUAAGGUGGAGAAACCUAUUUUUCCGAACCCGCAACUUCUAUAUCCUAUUUCCCAUAUCCCAAAUCCCAUGUCCUCAUAUUUCCCAAAAAAAAAACAAACAAUCGAUGAGCUAACCAGUUUUGUUACCGUGUUUUUUCUUAUAUUUUAAUUAUUAUAUCGCAUCAUUAUUAUUAUUACCGUAUAUAUUCAUGGUAUAUAUACUUACAUAUAUGAUUAUACAACUUUUUUUGCGUACCAAAUACACACCAAUCAAAAUGUGAAAUAUUUUCUUUA